ACAAGUAGUCUUGCGUUGUGAACAUGUCUAAUAAGUUAAAUAAUUAGUUAAUCAUGAACACAGCGAAUUUAAAACAGAAACUGUUUCUUAUUACUUCUAAAUAUAUUUUGUGUGCUAUUUUUCUUUUAAAUAAUUUGCAAAUAUCUAAUUGUGAAAACUUAACAUCAUCAAUUGAAAAUAAAUGUGAUAAAAAGCACGUACUCGACAUUUCUAAUGGAACUUUUGACCAUGAAACUAAAAAUAUGUUGCACCAGAAUAACGUUUACUCUCCUGACAAAUACUUCAAACACAACGAUAAACUAAUGGGAUGUGUAUGUGAUGUUCAGUUGUGUAUAACUAAGUGUUGCACCAAACAUCCGGAACCACCCGGAAACGUAACCUGCGAUGAUGAUUACUUCGAAAACGUAAAUAUCACAACAUAUCAUGAUAACUUUACCAUCGCAGAAGCUGGUGCUAAACAUGCAUCCAUUUAUUGGAAACCGUGCAAUUACUAUCCAUUGGAAGAUGGGGACGUGCAUUUUCUUUUGAAAGAUGGAAGGUUGUAUUUUCAAGACAUGCAGCAGCAUUUCGAAUUGCAUGAAUAUUGCGUGGCCCAACUUAGAAAUGAUAUGUUGGAAAAACUUGAAGUACGAGUUUGCUUGAGCGAAGAAAGCUCUUCAGAUAAUGCAACGGAAGUUAACAAAUAUGGAAUGGUGAUCUCUAUUCCAUUUUUAUUUAUAACACUGGUUAUAUAUUUUAUUCUACCUGACAAGAAGAUACAAACAAAAUGUAUGAUGGCAUACAUAAUGUGUUUAAUGUUUGCGUACAUUUUUCUGGUAUAUUUACAAAUUAAUCCCAAUUUAGAAAAUCCUGCUUGUGAAAUAGUUGCUGCUUGUGGAGUUUAUUUUUUUAUGUCCACAUUUUGUUGGAUGAAUAUUACAUGCAUUGAUAUGUAUUUGACGUUUUCUGGAAAACGUGCUCCGAUUCAAGGAAGAUCUUCCAAGUGGAAACAAUUUGGAAUCUACUUUACAUUUUCAAAUGGAGCCCCAAUCAUACUCUUGUGUAUUUUAUUUGGAGUAAACACACUAGAAAAUUUUUCUGGUCAUCCUCAGUUUGGUGAAUCACAAUGUUGGAUUGCCAAUGGAUUACCCCAAUUAUUAUAUUUCUAUGGGCCAAUGGCGGUUUUGUUAAUUAUCAACGCAGUUCUGUUCAUAAUCACGGCGCAUACAAUUCGAUGUUCAAUUCGUGACAAUCAGAAAAUGUUACGUAGUAAAGAUAGUCAACGCCAUUUUGAAUCCAACAAACAAGACUAUGUUUUAUACAUUAAACUUUUUAUCGCAAUGGGAAUGAAUUGGUCGCUGGAGUUGAUUUCAUGGAUUGUCGAAUGGUGUCUAGGCGAUAAGAAACUUGACUGGAUUUGGUACCCAACUGAUUUUUGUAAUACAAUUUAUGGGAUUUUUAUUUUCAUCAUAUUUGUUUGCAAACGAACAGUGUGGAUCAAAUUACUACAACGAUAUUACAUCAGUAUUGGUAAACCUAACAUGGCUCGUGCGUUAUCCACACGCACAUCCGGGUAUCAAAUGAGUCAAACUGAACGUACUGAAAUGUAGCCAACGCAAUGUAACAUUAAUGAAGAAUAGCAAUUAAUUUAUAUGCUCAUAUAUAUUUUGCGCCUAAAGUUGUACUUAAUUUUCUAAUGCUUUCUAAAUCAAUAAAUCCUUGAUAGUUUCUGA